CAAAGAAGUUUCAGAUGACACGUUUCUUUCUCCCCCGGAAAACCACUAUUUAUUGCUUCUCUUCAUUGCAAACACUUUUCAUUCUUCAAAACCUCAUAAUUUUUCCUUUGUUCUUCAGUAUCCACCAUAAAUUUUGCAUAUUACACACACUAAUUACACGCACAUGGCACACACUUUUGUUCACAAAGACCAGAUUGACCUCCCUCCAGGUUUCCGAUUCCAUCCAACAGACGAAGAACUUAUAUCUCACUACCUUUACCCAAAGGUUUCAAAUAUCAAUUUCUCAGCUCUAGCGAUUGGAGAAGUCGAUUUGAACAAAGUCGAGCCAUGGGAGCUUCCAUGGAGAGCAAACCUCGGUGAGCAAGAAUGGUUUUUCUUCUGUGUUCGUGAUCGAAAAUACCCAACUGGAUCAAGAACUAACCGAGCUACAAGUGCAGGGUAUUGGAAAGCUACAGGGAAAGAUAAAGAGAUUUUCAAAGAGAAAUCCCUCGUGGGUAUGAAGAAAACACUUGUGUUUUAUAAAGGAAGAGCUCCGAAAGGUGAAAAGACAGAUUGGGUUAUGCAUGAAUAUCGAUUAGAUGGAAAGUUUUCAACGAUUAAUCUCCCAAAAUCAUCCAAGGGUGAAUGGGUGAUUAGUAGGGUUUUCUACAAGACUACGGGUGGGAAAAAGAUUUCGAUUUCUGCUUUAUUAAGGAUGAAGAAUGGAAACACCUAUGAACAUGACUUCGGGUCUGCAGAUUUGCCUCCAUUAAUGGAGAUUUCAAGUGUGGAAGGAGGAUCAAGAACCGAGACAUCACACGUGACCUGCUUCUCCAAUUCCAUGGAAGAACAAAAACCAAAGAACGAAGAAAUAAUGGGCAGUUGGAGCUCAGGGAAUUCAUUAAUGGAGUCAAGAACUGAUAACGUUUGUUUCCUUUCAAAUCAAAUGGCCCCAAGCGUUGAAAGUUAUCAGUAUCAAGACACGACUUGGAUGCAAGAUCCAUCGAUCCUUAAAAUCUUGCUUGAGGCCAACAAUGAUUCAAGUAUUCGACAGAAUUUGAAAACUGAAUUGGUGGAUGAUCAAGAAUAUGGUAUGAAUUUGGGUGGUCAAGUUGAUCUUGAUAACAUAUGGAAUUAUUGAGGAUAAAAGAUUGAGGAAUUCAGAAAUUAGUGAAAACAAGGUAGAAAGAUUUAAAAAUGUUUGGAUAAUACAUUUUAGGUUUACUUGUAAUGAUUUGGUUUAAUUGUAAUGAUUUGAUAGAAUCAAAAGGUGGUUAUACUAUGUAACUCGUGAAUUUAAUCAUGGGUUUUUAUUGCUAUUUAAGUUUGUGUAA